UGUUGCGAAGGGGACUAGUAUAGCGAAGGACGCGCGGCUUAUGCUGCCCAGCUGGUUCCGGCUGGGGAAAAUGGCGGCGGCUGGGGCGGCGUCCCAGGAGCAGCUGGUGGGCUGGUGUACUCAGCAGUUGCGGAAAACUUUCGGCUUGGAUGUCAGCGAGGAGAUCAUGCAGUAUGUUCUGUCAAUUGAGAGUGCUGAAGAGAUUCGAGAAUAUGUUACUGACCUCCUUCAGGGAAAUGAGGGCAAAAAAGGUCAAUUCAUAGAAGAACUUAUAACCAAAUGGCAAAGGAAUGCUCAUGAAUUGGCUUCUGAUGCUCCACAUCAGACCCUCAAAAAAGAUGAAACUUUAGAUGGGCAGAGAUCAGGAGACCAACUAAAGAGGAGUAGGCGGAAAGGGAGAAACAGACAGGAAAUUCCCACAUUUGCUGAAUCUGAUACAACUACUGAAGUCAAAACCCCUUUUGAUUUGGCCAAGGCUCAAGAGAACAACUCCUCUUUAAAGAAGAAGACGAAGUUUGUCAGUUUAUAUACAAAAGAGGGACAGGACAGACUUGCAGUCCUAAUUCCUGGUCGCCAUCCAUGUGAUUGCCUGGGCCAGAAGCACAAGCUGAUCAAUAACUGUCUGAUCUGUGGACGUAUUGUCUGUGAACAGGAGGGUUCUGGUCCCUGUCUAUUCUGUGGUUCGCUGGUAUGUACUCGUGAGGAACAGGAUAUUUUACAACGUGACUCAAACAAGAGCCAGAAACUGCUGAAGAAGCUCAUGUCAGGGACAGAGAAUUCUGGAAAGGUUGAUAUUCCUACCAAGGAUCUGCUUCCUCAUCAAGAAUUGAGAAUUAAGUCGGGUUUGGAGAAAGCUAUCAAGCAUAAAGACAAACUGUUAGAGUUUGACAGAACUAGCAUUCGAAGGACCCAAGUAAUUGAUGAUGAAUCAGAUUACUUUGCCAGUGAUUCUAAUCAAUGGUUGUCCAAAAUUGAGCGAGAAACUUUGCAAAAGCGAGAGGAAGAGCUGAGAGAAUUUCGACAUGCUUCUCGGCUCUCUAAGAAGAUCACCAUUGACUUUGCAGGAAGGAAGAUCAUAGAAGAUGAAAAUCCACUGGCCAUGUAUCAUAGCAAACUAGAUGAGACAAUACAGGCCAUUGCCAAUGGAACCUUGUACCAACCAAUGACCAAAUUGGAUAGAUCUUCUGAUGAGCCUUUGGGAGUUCUGGUGAAUCCCAACUUGUACCAGUCCCCUCCCCAGUGGAUAGACCAAACAGGUGCAACUUCACAGAAGAAGAUUUUCCAUUCAGCAGGAUCAGAGCUAGAGUUCAGUGCACAUCGGCACCAGCUGCGAAUCCAGGACCAAGAAUUUCAGGAAGGCUUUGAUGGUGGCUGGUGCCUGUCUAUGCAUCAACCCUGGGCUUCUCUGCUUGUCAGAGGGAUUAAAAGGGUGGAGGGCAGAAGUUGGUACACUCCUCACAGAGGGCGACUUUGGAUUGCAGCCACAGCGAAAAGACCAUCCCCUCAAGAAGUCUCAGAACUCCAGGCUACAUAUCAUCUUCUUCGUGGGAAAGACGUGGAAUUUCCCAAUGACUAUCCUUCAGGGUGUCUUCUGGGCUGUGUGGAUCUGAUUGACUGCUUGUCCCAGAAUCAAUUUAAGGAGCAGUAUCCAGACAUGAGUCAAGAAUCUGAUUCUCCAUUUGUUUUCAUCUGCACAAAUCCCCAGGAAAUGAUUGUGAAGUUUCCUAUUAAAGGAAAUCCAAAAAUCUGGAAGCUGGAUUCCAAGAUCCAUCAAGGAGCAAAGAAGGGGUUAAUGAAGCAGAAUAAAGCUGUCUGGCCCAGGAAAAUGAACUAUCUAGCAUAGUGGAGCUUUGUGUACUAGAAUUGCUAUCCACUGGUCAUUUGGAAUUGAAGCAGUAGAAAUCUGAAGGCCUGGCAUCAGUCUUGAAUCUCUCAGAAUUUAAACUCUUACCAAAAUCUGUUUAUUUUUCUUAAGGAAUGGGCUUCUUACUUUAUGUAGUGGGUCAAAGUCUUUGAAUACAUUAUUUAUAAAAACUUAUUUUAAAAAUUCUAAA